AUGUUCGUCCUUUACCUACUGAUCGCGUGCGCGAUCCACGCGAAUGCGCACGAGAGGAUUAACAGUAUCCGAGCCACUAAGGAUCACGUCCUCAUCAGGGGGGUGCACAAGGUGCCGGUGGAGCGUCGGAUAUUCAACUUCCGGAAGAACGGCAUCGAGAUCGACGUGAAGGUAGUCCCGUCGGACGACGAGGACGACAAUGGCGACGAUUAUUUCCCGGAGUUUCCCGUGAAGGACAUCGGCAAGUGCAUCAUCGAGUUCUCGUUGGGCUGCAUCAGGAAGCGCUUAGUUCGUUACUUGGAGACAGUAGGUCGCCUCGAUGAAAUUACGCUGCUCGGGCAGGACGUGAAGCUGGUGAAGAACGCGCGCUCCGACGGGACCACGAGGAAUGACUCGGACGUCAGUAUCGAGAGCAGCGUGGAUGAUUUAUUCGAUUCCUUCACAUUGCGUAUCACGCUGCCUCGGUGGAACAGCAAGCGAGAACGGAAUCAGAUCGACGUGAUGUUGGACGAAACUGCCGUGGCAGAAGGUAGGCGCGAACGAGGACGGAAGAAAGGCGGCAAGGGUGGAGGCAAAUGCAAGAUGAUGAUGAUGGGCAUGCUGAUGAUGAUCAAGACGAAGUUGAUGGGAAUAGCGGCGAUAAAAGGCAUGAUGAUGGGUGGCAUGUCUUUAAUGGUGACCAUGAUGAUGCUGAUGCAGAAAUUUGGAAAGGGCGGCGCAGGAGGUCCUUGGCAAAGCGGAGGAGGCGGAGGAGGACAACUGAAGGAGAUCGUGUUCCUUACAAAAUCUUCGGCCGGCGGCGGUGGCGGUGGUUGCUGUGGUGGUGGGCCUAGCGAUAGUUACGGUGCGCCACCACCGAGCGGUUCCCCUUCAGGAGGAGGAGGCGGCUACGGCGGAAAUGGAUGGGGUCGGAGCUUCCACAGGCAAUCGAUGACCUUGUCGCGCGACGGAGCAAUUAAGAUGGAAGCCGCAAACGUAACCGAUCACGUGCCGACGAUAGGCGAGAUUUUCGCAAACAAGGACAGUAUCGAUUAUCCGAACUAUCCGGACGAUCAGGAACCACCGGUGAUCGCGACGUCGAACUCCGUGGCUUCCGAUUCGAACGCGAGGAAUCAUAUCGCCUUCCAAGAGUACGAAGCAGCUGACUUGAGUAGCGCGAAUUCGGUAAAGAGUAACGAUUCCGAGAUGGAGCCCACGGUGGUUGCGAAGGGCAGAAGUAUCGUCUUUAAUGACGGCCCAGUUGCCAAUAUUGUCGAUGAAAUGAGGAAGAAGAUCGAUUCAGCGGCGAAUACGAGUGAACCCGAAACUGAAACUGAUCUUGACAAAAAUAUAUUACGACCGAUCUACACGGACGAGUGGCGGACCACGGCCGAGAAAAGAAGUAACGCGGCAUCGUCGGACUCGCAAAUAAAAUUCGAGUCGCCGCGAAGUCAGCGUGUUAAGGAUAUACCAUUGUUGCGCGGCAUUUAG